AUGAGUGGCGAGUCCAGGGAUUUGUUCCAUGGCAUUGUCAUUAGGGAAGGGGGCGCCUCUACUGCCACGCCCGGAGAAGUGAACCAAGAGCAACAACAAGGCGUCAAAAGAGAGGCGGACCAAUACAUGCCGACAACAAAUGUAACUCGCAUCAUGCGGUGCGUCCUCCCAGCCCACGUUAAAAUCGCCGACGAUGCAAAGGAGGCCAUUCAGGCGUGCGUCUCCGAGUUCAUCAACUUCAUUACUGCCGAGGCGAACAACAUAUGCCACCGCGACUACCGAAGAACAGUCACGCCGGAGGACGUGUUGGCGGCAAUGGCGUCGUUGGGUUUCGGCGACUACAUAGAGCCCCUCAUCGUUUUCCUCAACAAGCAUCGAGCGCAUCAGGAGCUCGAGCGCGGCUCCAUGAAUCAGUUGGCGCAAUUCGUGAGGCGCGACGACGACAAUGGUGGCUUGGUUCACCAUCAUCAACCGCUUUAA